GCAACAGCUCGUUAUAUUUCGCGUUAAACUUUGCUAUAAAGUGGUCUAAAAACCGUUUUAAAACAAUCAGUCGUACGACAGCAUCAGCCAGCUAACCAUCCAUCUGCCAUACCAUGGAAAUCAAAAGCGCAGUUAUAGUUCCAGUUCUAAUGGCUGCGCUAUUUGUUAACACAUUUGCAGCAUACAUCACAACACCCGCUUAUUCUACAGUUGCCUACUCGGAAGUGGAUUCCGCCGAACAAAAAUCACACGAAGCCACGUAUCCGGCUAAGAUUUCUUACGGUUCGGCUGCAGCCGCCUAUUCGAAUUCAGAAGAAGAGUCGAUUCACGGUGAAGACGAAGGCGAUGAAGGGAAACAUGUCAAUGUUGGAAUCGAAUAUCCAACGUACAAUGAGGCGGAAUACGUAACGACCUCUUAUCCUUUUCAUAUCGACCCCUAUCCCGGGGAUGGCACAGUAUCCUAUACUACCGUUGCUUAUUCUGCUCCCAUUUAUAAUGAGCCACAAGUGGCUGCUACCUACACUCCACCGGAUUACUCGGUUCCUACCUACACCGCUCCUACGCUCGAUGUUCCUAUCUAUAGAUCCCCCGCAGUAUUGCCGUACUGGAUGCGGUCUGGAUACGCAGAGAACUCUAUUGCGAACAAUGCUCUCGCAUACUAACUAGCAAACUGUUUCCUAGGCCGAAGAUGAAAGCAAAUAACUAUUUAUCAAAUGUAGCAAUAAAAUUAUAAAUAAAUAA